AUGAAAAUCAAUUGUGAUGCUGCUUACUGCCCAAGGUCCUCUAAAGCUGCUAUUGCUACUGUUCUUCAGAAUUUUUUGGGCCAAUUUAUUGACGGCAUUGCCAAGACCACUGUGGCAUCAAGCUCAGAUCUGAACUCUGACCCCUCGAUUACUCGCAUUUCAACCUCCAAUGGCGGUAGCACAAUUGCUAGGCCUAUAUGUUCAAUCUGCUACGAAGAUCUCAAUCCAAUCAUCGAAGGCAUUCAAUCAAUCUCCAUUUGCGGCCAUGUCUUCUAUGAGCUCUGGAGUUACAAAGAAUUGACAGCCAAAUGCAAUAUUCUAGGAAGAGGAGAAGCUCGUGCUCUUCGCAAACUCGGGAAGGCAAAAGAGAAGAUAAAGAAACUGAAGGAUAUUCUAACGUGUGACCAUUAUCAAGUAAGGAUCCAAGAACUGAAGACAGCUGUUGAAGUAAAAGAUAAUGAAGUUUCGAGGGCUUUAAAAGCUUCCAAGAAAACUAUUCUUGAAGGGGAUGUACUGAAUGAUGUUGAUUGGAAUUCUAACUCUUCAUCCAUUAGUGAGGAUUUAGCUGUUGAGAAAAACUGUUUUUCAAGGUCAGAGGCAGCUUUAGAUACAAGAAGUGAAGUGCAUAGACCAUGUAACAAGAAUGGGGUUUCAGGUUCAAAAAGUGCAUUUUGGACAAAUGAAGAUUGGGAGCAUAAUUCAUCAAUUUGGUUAAUACUACUAACCUUUGACUCAAAUAUAUUCUUCAUAUUGGUUGCUGGUGAGGUGAAUCUUGCGGAGACACCUGUUUCCAAGGUUAUGACUAGAAAUCCAGCUUUUGUAUUGUCCGACACUCUUGCUGUAGAAGCCUUGCAAAAGACGGUGCUAGGAAAAUUCAGACAUUUGCCUAUUGUGGAGAGUGGAGAGGUCAUUGCUUUGCUUGAUAUAGCAAAGUGUUUAUACGAUGCUAUUGCCCGCAUGGAAAGAGCAGCUGAAAAAGGAAAGGCCAUUGCAGCUGCUGUUGAAGGUGUUGAAAAACAAUGGGGGGCAUCUAUUGCUGGUCCUAACACAUUCAUUGAAACACUUCGAGAUCGAAUGUUUAGGCCCUUUUUGUCUACAAUCAUUCCUGAGAAUUCAAAGAUUGCAACUGUCUCGCCAACUGACACAGUGUUAAUGGCAACAAAGAAGAUGGUUGAGUAUGGUAUGAGCUCUGUUGUUGUAGCAGUUGAAAACAAAACACGAGGAAUUUUAACGUCAAAGGAUAUCUUGAUGCGGGUAAUAGCACAAAAUCUUCCUCCAGAGUCCACUCCAGUGGAGAAGGUGAUGACCCCAAAUCCCGAAUGUGCAACAGUGGAUACACCCAUUGUUGAUGCUCUGCAUAUCAUGCAUGAUGGAAAAUUUCUACACCUUCCUGUUCUUGAUAAAGAUGGAGUAGCGGUUGCUGUUGUUGAUGUACUUCAUAUCACUCAUGCUGCUAUAGCCACACUAAUUCUGCUAGAUACACGGAGUUUGAUUGAUCUUGUGACUGCAAUCCUUCAGAGGGUGGGGGAUGAAAUUGACCGCAACAACUUGCCUCAUAUUUUGUAUGAAGAUGAAGAUCAUGACAACGUUGUACUUGCGUCAGAUAGUGAUCUUGCUAUAGCUGUGGACCAUGCAAGGUUAGCCGGUUGGAAGGUAUUAAAGUUGCACUUAGAUCAUUCAGGAACACAAGGUCAUAGGAGAGGAUCACAAUCUGAAGGUGUAGAGUAUGCCCAAUCAGAUGUGUGGGCUUCAGCAUACAGUGCUUUAGUUGUAGGGGCUGCGCUAAUUGCCGGAUUAAGCAUGUUAUCAUACUUGAGGAGGAAUGGUAACUGA